GUUGCAACUAAUAAAAAUCGAAGGUAGUAUAAUUAAUGUAAUAUAUAGUUAUUACAUUAUGAAUAAUCAUACAUGUGUAAUAAAAAAAACUAGAAUUAACCACUUCAAAUUAAAUAAAAAAAACAAAGACAAAUCAACAAAACACAAAAAAAGAUUAAAAAGGAUAUAAGGUCAUUAUGUUAUAUUGAUACUUAUAUAAAGUAUCACUUAAUCUUAAUUAACAAAUAAUGUUAGUUCACCCUAUUCAAAAAAAAAAAAAAAAAAAAAAAAAGAAAAAAGUUAGUUCACCGAUUAGGUAGCUAAUUACCCAAACAAAAAAAUCUCACAAACACUAAUCUCCUCACAAAUCCCAAUUUUUUUUUUUUGAAUAAAGUCCCUAAAGGGGACUAAAUCUCAUUAAUAGGAAAAUUAGAAACCAAGAGAGACAAUACAACCAAGGAAAUCCGAAACAAAAGUACGACUACCUACUAUCCCAAAAUUGAUUAGGCGCUUAAUUUUUUUUUUUUUCAUUAGCCGCCACUUAUUAACAAAUUUAGCAAAACCACAAAGUUCUCCUCAAAAAUCAAAAACCUUCCUAUUAAAAAAAAUUCAGAAACCUUGUUUGCUGAUAAACGAGAACCGUUCGUUCGAAGGACCCUAAUUGAAAGAUUCGACUAACGCUCAGAAGAUCAAUUCUUGGACAAAAUUUCAAGAUGAAUGAGUAUGAAAAAAAGAGGCUUCUUACAAUAGCAGCCAACAAAAACAGACUUAAGUCGUUGGGCAUAAAAAGAGUCGCAUCUUCUUUGACAAGCUUGGUUGAAGGGACAAAAAAAAAAGAAAAAAAAAGGAAAAAAAAUUGCUGGCAUGGAAGAUGAUGAAUAUGUUCCCACUAAUGAUGAGCUUGAGGUUCGGGAACGUGAAAUAUAACCUCAAAUCAGGUUUAUAAGAAAGGCUAACAUAAGACAUUUGAGAGAAGGAAACAAAAAAGACAAUUUCAUUCCACCAAACACAGUGGCAAAGUUUCUAAAGACGAACAAGAAAGCACAAAACACAAUGGCCAUGGAUAUCUUAGAAAAAGAAAACGAUGAAGAAAUUGGAGAAACAAAGGAGAAUAAUAACACUGUUGAGGGGGGCUAUGAUGAGGAAGGACGACAGAUUGGUCAACCACUUGAACUUGAAGAUGCAUCUUUGGAUACUGAACCAUUGAACGACAAGGAACUCAUGACUGUACCAGAGAAUGAGGACCUUAACAUUUCAUCAGGUCAACAAGUUCGAAAUAAAGCUAUAUGUUCGGUACAAGUUAAAUGUUGGGACGAUUAUAAAUCUGAAACAUUAGACCAUUUGUGGGCUUGCAUCACGAAGUGGUCAUUUGAUGACCCUGAAAAUAGGCAGGAGUGUGUUAUGAAACAUGCACAACGUUUAUUCAGAGGUGCUAGGAGCAAAUUGAAAUCAAAGUACUUUAAUGAUAAAAACUUGAAAACAAAAGAUGAACUUCUCAAAAAUAAGCCUAGUCAUCUAACUAAAGUGGAAUGGAAGUUCUUGGUUGACUAUUGGAGUGAAGAGGCGGUUAUGGAGAAGAGCAAAAAAGCAAGUGAAAGUAGGGCACAUCAAAAGAUGCCUCACUAUAAUGGCACUAAAAGCUUCGGUCGCACUAGACAAGAAAUAAAAUUGAGUUGGAAGAGGAGGUGUCAAUAUUGGAGCGAAACAAGUCAGCGAGAUUCCGUCAGCCAUUUCCAACAUCCAAAAAGCUUGGACUUUUUCGUGGAUUCUGACAGCAACAGGAGUAAGAUUCCAAUACAGGGACUGGUUGAAGCUCUGUCUGAAGUUGUGCCUAAUGCAGAGACUAGGUUCUGUGUUAGGCACAUUUGGGCAAAUUUCAAGUUGAAGUUCACUGGAUCAGUUUUCAAAGAGCUCUUUUGGAGUGCUGCAAGAGCAACAACAUUUGUUGAGUUUCAGAUAGCCAUGCAACAGAUUAGGGAGCUUGAUGAGGAUGCUUACAAUUAUUUGGAGAACAUCCCCACUCAUCACUGGUGCAGACAUGCAUUCAGUGACAGUUGCAGGUCCAACAUGUUACUAAACAACAUGUGUGAGACUUUCAACUCUGUUAUCAGAGAUGCAAGAGACAAACCUAUCCUCACCCAAUGGAAUGGAUGAGGAGGUACAUGAUGAGGAGAAAUAAUGAGAAGUGGGAGGACUCCAAGGAAAUCACAACCAACAUCACUCCAUAUGUGCAUAAGCUAUUUUAGAGGAUGAGCUAUGUGGCUAGGAAUUGCAUAAUUGAAGCUGCCAGGGAUGACACUUAUGAAGUGCAGCUGAAUGAUGACCAGGUUCUAGUUGACUUGCCAAAUUGGUCUUGUUCCUGCAAUCACUGGCAAUUAACAGGCAUCUCAUGUAUUCAUGCAUUUGCAUGCAUAAUGGAUCAGAGGGUUGAUGCUGAGCAGUUUGUCCACCCCUAUUACACUAUGGACACUUACAGAGCAGCAUAUGAGCCUGCAAUUCAACCUAUGCCAGGCCCAAAGCAUUGGGAGAGAGUGAACAUGAGAGAGCCUCAUCCACCAGCAUUCAAACAGCAGCCUGGAAGACCUAAACAGAAAAAGAGGAAGCUGGAACCUGGGGAGGGAACAUCUGCAACAGGAAGGGAGCAGGGAAGAAAGAGGAGGAAAAGUUGGUGUAGGAUUUGUGGUGGAUUUGGCCACUAUCCCAAGACUUGCAAGGGCCCACAUGAACCUGAACCAACUGAGCAGAGAACUGCAGGAAGGCCUCCUUUAAAUUCACCUUGGGUAGUUGAGCAAAGGAAGAAGAGGGAGAUCAAAGCUGCUAAGAAGAGUGCAAUAGGGGCUGGUCCAAACAGCAUUGGGAAUAAGACUUUUCCCUAAGAGCAACCUGGUUGUGAACCAUUGAGUAAGAGGAAAGGUUCACACAGUCAACAAGGGCAGCCACAAGCCAAGCAUCACACCACCCCCUCUUCCAGCCAACCUGAACCCAAUGCUACUGGAGUGCAGACAAGGAGGGCUAAGCUGCUGACUUCCAGACAAGGAGGGUUGACACAAUGAUGUUUGAAUUGAUUUUCUGAACUUUAGUUGUUGGUUGUAUUUUCUGAACAAUCAGUUGCAAUAUUUGUAGCUUUACUUUUGGGUUUAGGACAAGGAUCCUGUUUUGUUAAAUUAAUACUUUGCUUUAAGGCUUUACCAGCCAAUUUUGUUAGGCACUGCAACAACAAAUUAGAUCAACAACUUAAAUGCAAUAUCAACUACUUAGGUACUUACUUAA